GCGGCCAUGGGCAAGGACUAUUACCGCACGCUGGGGCUGUCGCGGGGCGCCUCGGCCGCCGACAUCCGCCGCGCGUACCGGCGCCAGGCGCUGCGCUGCCACCCGGACAAGGACCGGUCACCGGGCGCCGAGCAGCGCUUCAAGGAGGUGGCCGAGGCCUACGACGUGCUCAGCGACCCCAAAAAACGGGAGAUCUUCGACAAGUACGGGGAGGAGGGGCUGAAAGGGGGAGCCCCCACGCCCGGGCCGGGGGGCUCCAACGGGCCCACCUUCACCUACACGUUCCGCGGCGACCCGCACGCCAUGUUCGCCGAGUUCUUCGACGGGCGCAACCCCUUCGACACCUUCUUCGUGCAGCGCAACGGCGACGAUGAGGACGGCGACGAAGGCUUCAACACCUUCCACGUGGGGGGCUUCGGCAGCGUCAGCUUCCCGCGGGGCCGGGCGGGCGAGGGCCGCAAGCAGGACCCGCCCGUGCUGCACGAGCUGCGCGUGUCGCUGGAGGAGAUCUACAGCGGCUGCACCAAGAAGAUGAAGAUCUCCCACAAGCGGCUGGGCCCCGACGGGAAGACGGUGAGGAACGAGGACAAGAUCCUGACCAUCGAGGUGAAGAAGGGCUGGAAGGAGGGCACCAAGAUCACCUUCCCCAAGGAGGGCGACCAGACGCCCAACAACAUCCCGGCCGACGUGGUGUUCGUGCUCAAGGACAAGCCGCACGACGUGUUCCGGCGCGACGGCUCCGACAUCGUCUACCCGGCCAGGAUCAGCCUGCGCGAGGCGCUGUGUGGCUGCACGGUGACCGUCCCCACGCUCGACGGCCGCUCCAUGCCCAUGGUGUUCCAGGACGUGCUCAAGCCGGGCGUCCGGCGCCGCGUGCCGGGCCAGGGGCUGCCGCUGCCGCGCUCGCCGGAGCUGCGCGGGGACCUCGUCAUCGAGUUCGAGGUCAAGUUCCCCGAGCGGAUCCCGCCCGCCCACAAACCCCUCCUGGAGCAGAUCCUGCCCCCGUAGGGACCCCCCAAAACCCCCCCGGGGGGUGCGGACUCGGGGGGACCCCCC